AGGGCUUGUAUGACAUCGUUCCUUUCAAAUCCUAGCUCAACAAGCCUUGCAACUUUGGCAUCAAAAUCAGAACCCUAAAGCGAGAGAACAUCGAGUAAAUAUAGCGAAAAUUAGUGCAGCAUCCUGGGCCGUGCAAAUGGCAUAUGAUCAUGGAUGAAAGGAUGUGUGAUCUUUGAGGGUGAUGCAAAAAUGGUCAUUGAAGCUCUCAAAUAUAAAGAUUUCACAAACAUGUCCUAGUGGAAUUUUGCUUUCAUUUUAUUUCACAGAAAACAAUGGCGUAGCUUAUAAAUUAGCCCGUUAAUGAGGUGUGGUUAGAUGGCGGACCUACUUGGAUCGCAUAUAUUCUACUCCUAUGGUGCAACUAUAAAAUUUUGGGAGAUUCCACGAAGUUAUCAUGAAUUUUUGGAACAAAUAUACCUUUUGCAUAUGAUCAGCACACUGGGAACAAUGAAGACUUAAGCAUUGAGGAACAGCAUACUGAACCUAGACCAGCUCAAGUUAAGGAAGCUAAUGUACAAAGAGCUGAGGAUCAGUUACUCAAUACUAUGAACAUACAUAAUCCAGCCUUGAAGAAAGUAUACAUAGUCCUGUAUCAGAAGAUAAUGAACAGCUGGGUGUUCCCAAACGCUGACAGAAGAUAAGGAACAGCUGGGUGUUCCUAAAUCCUGACAGUAGAAUUAUCACGCUCUAUUUUAAGACGUCUAAUAUGACCGUUAGAAGUUAGGCGCCUUAUAUUUGAUUGUAAGCCGUUAAAGGAUGAAAGCCAAUUCUAUAAAUAAGGCUCUCCUCCACUUUGUAACAGACACAUAUUAUUCAGUUUUAAUUCAUCUACGAUUCUAGUAAUCAUUCAGAGAACAAGUUGUUCGUUUCUGUUUGCCAUUUUCUGUUUGAGAGGUUGAGUGUAUCAAGCCUUCACAGAUUCAUACUUCUCCAAGAUCACGUUGAUCAUUGCGAGAAUUGUGAGGAUUAAGGCCUUGCAUUCCUUAGGGGAAUCAGUGUCUUCUUCCAGGAUAAGUAAUCAUUAAAGAUUACUUAGAAUUCAUCAUAAAAUCGGCCAGUUGACCGAGAAAUCGGUCCGUCCUUGACUGUCUGGUUAUUAAGUGAUUGAACAAGUUAAUCAUAAUCGAUCUUCCGCUGCAAACUUGUUCCAACUUGGUAUCAGAGCCGUGUUCUGAAUAGGGACACGAAGUUAGGUUACAAAGGAAGCUAGGUAAUUGGUAAUUUCGCGUUUUCUGAAAAGGGAAAUCGGAAAAUCAGGUAUUUGUUCGCAUUUUGUUUCAAUCGGUAAUCACAGGUAUAAAUUCAAUUCUUCCUUGAUAUUAAAUUCUGUGUUAAAGAUUGUAGAAUUCGAUUUAAUCAUCACACGCAUUUGAUUGAAGGAAAGAUUUCUGAAAUCUAAUUUUAUUAUCAUUGCUUGCAUGUAAAAUUGUUAUCUGGUAAUCGAAUUUUUGAGUUUUCGCUUAAAUUGAUUCCUAUAAUUCCAUUUUGACUGUUUGAUUGUGGAUACCGAUAAGAAUUUAACAAGCAUUUUUUUGCAAAUUUCUGAACAUUACGUUUCUUUUGAAAAUUUUGGUAUAUACAAUCUGAUUCUUGAAUAUCACUCUGUAAAAUUAGGGUCGUGUAUCUGUGCAUUCAUUGUUGUUACUGAAAAUUUGUUGAUUGGGAAAGUUUCUUGCAAAGAUUGUGGCUGGUGAUUAUCUGAAUUGUGCUUUUGUUUUGGUCUCUGGAGAUAUUGUUGUGGAAAUCUUCUUGCAGGUUCUGAAUAUUAGUUGCCUUACCAUUGUCUUGUUUGUGAAGAACUUGAAAAACAUGGAUGUGGAUGAGAAAAUAGAAACCCUUACCAAUUUACUCCAACAUUAGCUGUUACAGUAGCCAAUAACAUGGGGAACCAAGGGGAUAGACCUCAACAGCACCCACAAUACCAUAGGAACAAUGAGGAUAAAACUUUGAAGAUUGACUUACCUAGUUUUGAUGGACACUCUCCAGACCCAGAGGUGUACCUGGAGUGGGAAGCCAAUAUGGAAAGAUACUUUGACUUUAAGGACACCACACCUGAACAACAAUUUAAGCUAGCUAAGAUUAAACUGACCAUGCUUGCUGCUACAUGGUUAGAAGGAGUGCAGAAGCAAAGAAGGAGGGAGGAUAGAGAAAGAAUCAGUACAUGGGAAAAACUGAGGAAACACUUAAGGAGGAAGUAUGUCCCACGCAAUUAUAGACAGCAGCUAUGCAUACAAUGGGGAACAUUAAGACAAGAAAAUAGAACUGUGUCUGAGUAUAUCCAAGAAUGGGAACGGUUAUCUGUUGUUUGUUACACUAAUGAGACUGAGGAGAAGAAGAUUGGGAAGUUUAUAGGUGGCUUAAGGGAAGACUUGAGGAAAAAAUUAGAGUUGACCCCAAACCUUACCUUCAGCCUAGCUUAUAGCAAUGCCCUCACUUUAGAGAAAUAUUCUAAGAAGAAACCCAGCACAGACCACCCAAGAAGUGUUACAGCACCAACACAUAUUGUCACUCAGACUACUGCACCAGAUAAGAUUCCACCCUUGAUCAACACUACCAAAGAUAGGGACCCUAGGGACUUGAAGGGGGUAGUUUGUUUCAAAUGCCAUGGACAUGGUCACAUAAAGAAUCAGUGUCCCAAUGCUAGAGCCUUCACUGUGCAGGAGUGGGCAGCAAUUAGGGAAGUAGGCAAACCUAGGGCUAUGUUAGUCAGUAGGAAUUGGGAGGAAGAGGUAGUUUGGCCUUCCACAUCUAAGGAGGAUCCUGAUGGUUCAUAUUUUGUGAAUGAUGAAGGAGUUUUAGAGACUUUUGAAGGAACUGAGAGCAGUGAGGAGGAAGAAAACAGAGAGGAAGUCUACCCUGAACCAGAUAUGCAAAAUUUGUUAAUUAGAAGGAACUUUCAUGCUACACCAAGGAUCAAAUCCAAUGAUCAAAGAGAGAAAAUCUUCCAAACCAAAUGUAAAAUUAAGAACAAAGUUUGUGACUUAAUCAUAGAUGGGGGGAGUGAAACUAAUUGUGUUAGCAAGGAUUUAGUUCAGACCUUGGAUUUAGAAACUAAGCCACACCCAAACCCUUAUAAGCUGAAAUGGUUGGAUAGCAAGGCCAGUGGGUUUGUGAAGAAGAGAUGCUUAAUCCAGUUUGCUAUAGGGUCUUUCAAAGAUAAAGUGCUUUGUGAUGUGUUAAAUAUGACUGCCUGUCAUGUGCUCUUAGGUAGACCCUGGCAGCAUGACAAAAGGACCUUACAUAAUGGCUACACUAAUGUUUAUACCUUGAGACAUGAGGGGAAAUUGAAGGCCCUUACGCCCCUGCCACCUCAUAGAACUGUGCCUCCACAGAAGACAGCAGGUAGUAAGCCCACUUUGUCUUCACAAGAAGCAACAGGUAGUAUGUCUUUGUUCAGCAAGAAGGUCAGACAGAAGAAUAAUCACUUAGAUGUUGGGAAUAUUGAACAGUCUACUGACAAUUCAGACCAUGAGUCCAUUAGACAUACUUGGGAACAGAAUAAACUUAAUGCCAAACGUACUAAGUGGCUUGAGUUCAUGCAAAGUUUUAAUCUUGCUGCUAAGCAUAAGAAUGGUAAACCUAAAGUAGUGACAGACACAUUAAGAAAGACAACACACUUACUAGCUCUACCAAAUGCUAAGGCUUUGGGGAACAAUAUGAUUGAGGGACAGUAUCAAACUGACCCAAAUUUCAGAACUGUAUACACAGGGGUUGAAGGUGUAUAUGGAAUAAAUGCUAUAUUAUCUGUAUCACUAAUUGCUUUUUCUUUGCAUUACAGAACACAUGGAGAUGCUACACAACACACUGAACAAAUGAGGAGCAUCAAUAAGAAAAUGCAAAGGAACACUGAGAAGACUACCACUAUAUAUCAACAGGAGGUCAACAAGCACCCCUCAGCUGCACCAGAGCUCCAGAUUAGGGAUAAUACUUUCAAGACAAAUUUGCUAGAGCAAAAUGGAGUCCCUCCCAUAUUCAACAUAAGGGAUCUGCAACCAUACUAUGCUGAUUCUGAAUUGAGGACAAUUCGAACUGAAGAAGGAGGGAAUGGAACAAAUAUACCUUUUGCAUAUGAUCAGAACACUGGAAACAAUGAAGACUUAAGCAUUGAGGAACAGCAUACUGAACCUAGACCAGCUCAAGUUAAGGAAGCUAAUGUACAAAGAGCUGAGGAUCAGUUACUCAAUACUAUGAACAUACAUAAUCCAGCCUUGAAGAAAGUAUACAUAGUCCUGUAUCAGAAGAUAAUGAACAGCUGGGUGUUCCCAAACGCUGACAGAAGAUAAGGAACAGCUGGGUGUUCCUAAAUCCUGACAGUAGAAUUAUCACGCUCUAUUUUAAGACGUCUAAUAUGACCGUUAGAAGUUAGGCGCCUUAUUCUUGAUUGUAAGCCGUUAAAGGAUGAAAGCCAAUUCUAUAAAUAAGGCUCUUCUCCACUUUGUAACAGACACAUAUUAUUCAGUUUUAAUUCAUCUACGA